ACAACUCAAGCUCUGUUUCUCUCGCAGUUUGCUGCACAUUUAUUCAAACUCACAGCUUAGGAAAUCUCUGAUCCACAAUGUCGUUGGAAACUAAAUUCUGGGGUCAACGUCCUUUCUGGGGCUUAUCCUUCGAUUUGGAUCCGCAAUGGUAUCUGACGGAUGAGCAAAAGGAAAUUCAAAGGAGGUUGAUUGAGCUUUGCAGGACAACCCUACGACGUAAUGCGUUGGUAUCGGAUCAGUACUACGAAUAUCCUCACAAAAACAUGAAAGCUCUUGCCUCGCAAGGCCUUUUGGGGCUAAUUAUACCCAAGGAAUUUGGUGGCAUGGGUCAGAAUCACGUGUGCAUGGCUAUGGUUGUGGAGACGAUAGCCAGAUAUGGCUGCCCUAGCACUGCCAUGGUGUGUGUUAUGCAUUACAUUGCCGUGGGCUCUUUAUUGUUUCGUCAUCACAACAAUGCUCUGAUCCAGGACCUUCUUCGGCGAGUAAACGAGGAGACGUUGAUCGGAACAAUUUCUUACAGCGAUCCAGCCACUGGAGGUCACUUCUGGUACCCAAUGUCUUCUCGGACUCAAAUGACCGCGGAUGGAAGAAUUAAGAUAUUGAAGUGUGGAUCCUGGGCAACAAGCGCCGGACUUGCAGAUUUCUAUGUGAUUACUACAAUCAGUCCACAGUUUGACGGCGAUUUCUCCCAUUUGUCGAGCUUUCUUCUUUACAAGGAUGAAGUGCGCGCCGACAACGAUGACUGGAAGUCGCUUGGGAUGCAUGGCAAUCAGUCAAGACCAAUGGUUUGUGAGGCCACAGUCGACGAAGAUCGGCUUAUUGGACCAUAUGGCGAUGGAAAGGCAGCCAUUGAUGAAGUUGGGUCGCCCAGGUUCUUGCUGCUGACAGCAGCCUGCUGGAAUGGUAUUGCUAUGGGAGCUAUGGAUAUAGCUCGGCAUCACGUGACCACAAAAGAACAUGCUGAUGUUGGAAUGCGCAUUGCUGAUUACCCGACGAUCCAAGAUUACUUUGGAGACGCAGUGAGUGGUACCAAUGCAUGUCGGAUAAUGGCAUUCUCCGUAGCUCAGCUAAUGGACCACGUCACUGACAACAAUGACUGGAAUAUUUAUAAGGACCCCAAAGCUUCACUGCGGAUCGGUGCUCUACAUCCGUGUUGGUCCUGGCAGCUGAAAUAUGAGUGCGCUAAGAACGUGAACAACGCCACAGACAAAAUGAUGCAAGCUUGCGGAGGAGCUGGGUUCAAACGAGAUCUUGGUGUUGAACGCUUGUUGCGAGAUGGUCGCGCGGGGUGGGUGAUGGGCCCAAGCAAUGAAGUGAUAAAACAGUUCGUUGGUAAAUCUUCUCUGUUUGGUGUGGAAUGUUUGGACAUUUGGUCUCAAUCAGCCAAUAGACGUACCCUGAAUGCCGAGUUGCUAAAACUAAAGGACGAAGAAAAGUUGGAAAUCGCCCAGCAGUUGAUGCGUGAGGUUGAAAUGAACGGACCACUGGAGAAGAGUGACUCAUCAUCUUACCAGGACACAGAAUUUGAUAACCCAUUCAAUACUCGGCCAUCGGUCAGUAGAGGCCCCAUCACUGAUGUAAAUGGAACAGAACACUUAGCCGCUCUGAGCCCCGACUGUUUUUUCCCCUUAAAGCUCCUGUCCGUGAUACCAAUGGGAGAUAAGCAAGCAGAAUUUCAGUUCGCUCUACCCCAAGCAUCUCAACAUACUGGUUGUCUACCGGGCCAGUAUGUCCAAGUCAGAGUACCUCUAGACAAGGACGGCGAGAAGUACUGUCAGCGGUAUUUUUCGCCAGUAAACGCCACCACAGAAUUUGGCCGAAUAGACCUGGUCAUGAAGUUUGAGAGUCAUGGUCAAUUAUCACAGAGAUUUAAGGCACUUACUCCAGGUGACCUGGUGGAGUUCCGAGGCCCUUGUGGGGGUUUUGAGUACGAGUCAAAUUCAGUCAAACAUAUUAGUCUUGUGGCCAGCGGUUCAGGUGCCACUCCGUGUAUUCAAAUUGUGCGUGACAUCAUGGCAGACCCUGGAGAUCAGACUUCCGUGUCCAUGUUGUACUCCGCGGAAACUGAGUCAGAGUUCAUGUUCAAGAGUGAGUUAGAUGACCACAGUGCACGUGAUGAGCGUUUCCGAGUGUUCUACACACUCUCUAAAGGUGCAGGGCAAGAGACUUGGCAGGGCGGAGAGGGGCAUAUCGACAAGGACAUGAUCAGUAAUCACCUGGUAGGUCCUCAAGUGUUGGAGCACAAAGUACUAUUAUGCGGUGGACCCACCAUGAUUGUAUCAGUAAUGCGGAUCUUGUUUCAGAUGGAAUAUUCCAGCCACCAGAUAUUUGUUUACGGUCCGUUCGGCGCAGAGCUGGUCAGGGCAGUAUUUGGAAGAAAUGCUAGGUUGUCUUCCCAUCGCUUUGAGCGUUAGACGAGCAAAGUUUAGCUCAAAACAAACUUCAUUUUCAUAGUUAUGACUGGCGCUCAGCUUUGGCAACAAGUAAUCGAGAGAGGAAAUUCCGCGUGGUUUUAUAUGGAAUCUAUCAACCUCGCUAGAAAACAUGUAUUCAUUAUUGAAAAUAAAGAUCAUCUUCAACAACA